AUGACACCAAGAGUGGGCUACAGCAGCUACGCCCCCAGCCAAGCCGGGGAGGAAGUGCCGAAACAGCUUGUGCAAGGUGCCGUAGCAUCAGCUGCUAGGCCAGGCUACAAGAAGGUGAGCAUGGCCAUGCUUGCCCUGCCGCAGGAAGAAGACCUGACCAUACAAGAUGGAGAAAUGGGAAUAUACGCGGUGAACGAAGCCAACAAUGUGCCUAAAACAUCAAACGACGUACAAUGUGACGCAUUGCAAGAUGAUGGGGGAAACAAUGAUGAAGCCCAAAAGGAUGAGAGGGCACCCCCCUCUGCCUCAGAGGAGCGGGUCGCCGUGGAGAAACCACAACUAGAUGUAUCGGCCCAUUUCGACAUGGCAUCUGCACGCAUUCUACGGCACAUGAAGCGGCACCGAAAAGGACCCAGAAGCGUGAAACGUAAGGCUGCUGUGCCGGACAAAUGUGCUUCGCCUGUCCCCGACCGACACUACGGUACACGCGGAAUUAAAGCCUCACUCAAACAAGGUAUCAAAAAAGUGCCAUCAUGCGACAUAACCGCAGCGUCACAUGGCGAGGACGGGCGCCCUGAGAGCAUUGUGAAGCAUUUAAAACGCGCCACUCAGCUGCUGCUGAAGCGCAAGAAACGGACGUGCCUGUACGUGGCUCGCGAGUUCGACGAGGUCAGGCAGACCAUUGAGACGAAGUUCCACCUGGUGCUCUGCAGAUGCCAGGAACGCUGGAACAACGCCAACGCCACAUAUAUAAAGCGUUUGGACGACAUCACCAGGGGAAUUCGCGAUGACUUGAAGUUGCCACCAUUGGACAGACUCGUUAAGCAACUUCCGGAGCCUAUAAGGCUACAGCCCGCCCCCAACGUGGACCUGUGCGCAGCCACGCUCAGUAGAUUUGACAGCGGCCAUCAAACCAUGAACAUAAUUACCCAAUAA